AGUAAAAGUUAGCAAAGAAAGCCUGGAAAAAAGCCGAAAGUGUCGCAGAAGAAUAAGAAAAUAUUGAGCCCACGUUUUAGUAUAAUUUCGUAAAUUUAACGAAAGACAAUGACAAAAGACUCAAAGAAACCCAAAGAUGCCAACUUACAGAAGGUACAAGACUUCAAAGAAACAUUCAAGUCUGAGGGGGAGAUGCUUGUCAAGAGCGUUUUUCCACGAAAAAUCAUCGAACUGGAAGAUAUUCACAAGAGUCUGAGUCUGGACAAGCUGUCUGAGAUACACAGUGUGUUGAACAUUCCUGUUCCUGAUCCAAUUAUCCUUACAGACAAUGGCACAGACGAGCCCGCAGCUAAGAAGAGAAAACAUGAUUUACAAGGUACAGAGGUCUACUCGUUGCCAGGCGGUGCGGUGACCAUAAACAAGAAGCUGUGCGAUAUUUCAGAGCAACUCAAACCCUACAUACGAGACCUCAUCGACCACUCAAACACAAUCAAGAUGUGGAUUUCAUUCCUCAUACCUAAAAUAGAAGAUGGUAACAACUUUGGAGUGUCUAUACAGGAAGAGACAUUGGGAGAAGCUAGACAAGUAGAGAGCGAUGCUGCCACAUAUCUGGACCAAAUCUCUCGCUAUUUCAUCUCCCGAGGAAAACUGGUCUCCAAAGUGGCAAAAUACCCUCAUAUAGAUGACUACCGGCAGUCUGUGAGAGAACUGGACGAAAAGGAAUACUUCAGCCUCAGACUCACCUCAGCUGAGCUCAGAAACCACUAUGCCAGCCUGCAUGAUUUGAUCAUCAAAAACAUGGACAAGAUAUUGAAACCGCGCAAUGCAAAUGCUGAGACCCUAUACUAGACACAACUGCUGCUGCUUCCCAACUUGUUAAUGUAGUCUAGCUGGAUCAUUAUGGUUUUCAACUUAAGUCUCUCGCCCCAAUUUCUCGAAACUUCUUAAGCUUAACAGGCUUAAGCAGCUUAUUUCAAAUAGUCAAAACGCAAACUAAAAUGUGAUUUUGGUAAAUGAAAUAUGGUUAUUUGUGAUAUCUAUAAAAGAAAUUCCUAUUUGAGGUUAAAUUACUCUAAAUGAAGUUAAUAUUACGCGAAUUAUAGUGAAAGAAAAAUAGUGAGAUUAGCUUAAUCCUGUUAUAAGGGACUUAAGAAGUUUCGAGAAAUUGGGACCAGAUGUACAAAAAUGUGAAGUUUGAAUGCCUGGUAACCUCAUGUUAUUUUGUUUAAUGUGAAAGGGUUUUAUGUAGGGGGAAAGGAUAGCUGAAUUUUUUUUCUGAUAAUUACAAUAUUAAUCACAUUUAAGGGCCUGGAAAUAUUGAAAAAUAGGUCAAUUUAUGCGCACUUUAGUUGAAAUAUAGAACUAAAGUGUAAACUGUAAUAAAAUUUACUGUGAUCUAAUUUCUGUCAUUUAUUUGACAUUAAUUAGUAUUAAAGAUUCACUCUUACUCCCAAAUAAGAUGUACCACAAUUGGUACAAUUGUUUUAAUUUAUGGAAAAGGAUGAAUAAAUAAUCGAAAACAAUGGUUCUUAUGAAGAAUACCGUAUUUAAUUUGAAAGAAAAGCGCUAAAAACACAGUAUUUUGACCUUAUGAGACAGUAAAUCUUUUAGCACUCACCAAUCAAUUAAUAUUUUUGCGUUUUCAGCUAUCAAAUACACAGUAACAAUCUUGUCAUCAGUAAAAAAUAAUAAUCCAUAAAUGCAUUAUUUAGUAGGUAGUGAAAGGUUUAUCACUCAAAAUUAUUGUUUGUUAUACAUGUGUAUGUAUUGAUUAUAAACACGAGUGUCACUUUUAAUUAGCAACCAGUAAUACCCUUUCAUAUGAAACCAAAAUAAUGUAGGGUCAUCAGCAAUAAAAAAAUUAGCAUUAUUGCCAAUGGUUAUGUGUACAUCAGAUACCUUAAAAUAAAUUGUAUUUAAAUUCUUUAAACACAUUUUUUUUAGAUUUUUCAUUUUCAACAUUGAAUAAAUUCAUUUUGAAUUUAUGUUUUAUUUUAUAUCAAAGUAAUUUUAAACGAGUGGUAAAAAGGUUAUGUGUAAACAAAUAGAGGUCACAUGAGGGGAUAUUCAAAACAGAAUUUAUUAAAUAAGUAUUUUGAAAUUGAUAAAAGCAAGCCUUGAAGAGUUUUUGUCCAUUUAAGUUAUUAAAUUUAAUACGUUUUGUAUUGAAAUAUCACUCUUGAUAUUCUAUUUAUAUCAUAAAUGCUAAUUUGAUGAUUUGUAGGUAUAUUUUAUGUGGCUAUAUAUAACGUGCAUAAUUCACAACACUGUUUAUUGAUGACAUCACGUUAACAGCUAUUUCAGUAGUUACUGAAUAAAUAAAAAAAUAUAUAAGGAUAUUAUUUCAUGAUGGCGAUGUCAGUUAUGAUUUAAUAAUGUGUACUUAUAACAUGUUUAAAACAUCAUACAUAUAUCAGGUUUUACUUUUUUCUUAAGUUUUGUGGUGUUUUUAAUAACUUAAACAAGCGUGAAACUAUUAAAUGAAGAAGAAUAUCAAAUGUUCACUCAAAUUGUAGGGAACUUAUAUUCUAUGGUAAUAUUGUUGUUUGCAUUUCAUGGUGCUUAGUAAAGUAAGGGUUUCAGAUAAAGGUUUAUGGAAUGGUGCUGCACACUGUCCUAAAUUGGUCUUUAAUUGGUAGACCCCCUACCCUUGUGGAGGCCAGCAUGGGCUUCACUCUGUCUCACAGAAUUAAAUGCUCACGAAAUUUGUUUUUAUUAAAACUUUUAAAACCUGGUUGAAACGUUAAAAAAUUGGCAUUGUUUAAGAAUAUGGGUAUAGUAAAGCUAUCAUUCAAAACUCAUUUAAAUGGUUUAAUGUAAUCAACAUAUACAAUAUUGAAAAUAAUAUGCUGUGUUCCUGUUUGGAAUAAUGUUUUAACAAAUUAGAGAUGACUGCUUGUUAACCAUUAUAAAAUGAACUUUUAAAAUUGUGAUGUCUGAAAAUAUAACUUAAACUAAAUAUUGAAAGGGUAAGCAUUUUUAAAAAGAAAUGGAUUUUUUGCAUAUGCCUCUUAUAAGGGAAACAUGGGUAGUAUUGAUGACAACUGAGUCAUUUUUACGUAUGAAAAAAACAACAGUGAAAUACUUUAUUUUAACAUUCAUCUGUAUAAUAGCCAUCAAAUUCAUCGCAAUAAAUUGUUUAAAUGUU